CUUAAAAUAAAUUGUUUACUUCGUUAAAUUUUUGUUCGUUAAACAUGUACGUUGGGAUAAAGUUGCUGUUGUUCAGCCUAUGGGCAACUACAAUAAAUGCAGGGUUAUUGAACUAUUUACUACCUGUUACCGAUAAACUUAUGAAAUUUCAUAUUUACACACAAAGCAACAGAACGAGCGAUGUUGCAACAAAUAUUUCCGAUCCCCAGGAAGUUAUGAAAACCGGCUUCGAUAGAUCCAAGGAAACUUACAUUUGCGUGCACGCUUGGACCGAAUCCGAGUUCUUUCCAAUAAACACGUGCAAAGGAUUCAAAGACCUCGUCCUGGACUCGCACGAUGUGAAUGUAAUUUACAUCGAUUGGAGCAUUUACACUACCAAUCUCUUUUACUCUUACCUGGUGCUAAAGUUGCAUAAAUUCGCUGACGUGAUGAGCGGGCAGAUUAAAAAUAUGGUGGAGACAAGUGGAUUGGAUUUGAAUAGAAGUCAAAUCGUCGGUACUUCAUUGGGAGCUGAGUUAGCUGGAGCUAUCGGUACUGAACUAGAUGGGAAACUAUACCAAGUUAUUGGUAUUGAACCUGCUGCUCCGAUGUUCUAUCACUCCUAUCCCAAAACACGCAUAACGAAGAAAUCAGGACAAUUCGUCCAAGUAAUUCACACUGCCAGUGGUAUUAUGAGUCUCGGUUAUCACGGUCAAAUGGGUCAUGCUGAUUACUGGGCUAACGGCGGUGAACAACAGCCUUGGUGUAUGUUAAUUGAUAUCGGUAGAAUAUGUUCUCACAGCGUGUCACCAUUUUUGUAUGAAAAUACGUUGAAGAAUGGAGCCCAUAACGUUGCGACCAAAUGCGAUUCGUAUAAAAAUUACCUCAGUGGUGCUUGUAAGGAUAACGAUAAGUCUGUGGUAGGAGGAUUUCACGUUGAUAGAAACAUUUGUGCAACUAGAAUAAAUGCAGGGUUACUAAACUUUCUACUACCUGUCAGCGAUAAACUUAUAAAAUUUCGUAUUUACACGCAAAACAACAGAACGGGAAUUUUUGGAACAAACAUCUCCGAUCCACAGGAAGUAUUAAAAUCCGGUUUCGAUAGUUCCAAAGAAACUUACUUUUGCGUAAACGCUUGGACCGAAUCCGAGCUAUUUCUAGUAAACUCGUGCAAAAUUUUCAAAGAUCCGGUUCUGGAUUCGCACGACGUGAAUUACAUUUACGUCGAUUGGGGCAUUUACACUACCAACAUCUUCUACUCUUACCUGGUACUAUACAUGCAGAAAUUCGCUAACGUAAUCAGCGGACAGAUUAAAAACAUGGUGGAGACAAGUGGAUUGGAUUUGAAUAGAACUCAAAUGAUCGGUGCUUCAUUGGGAGCUCAUUUAGCUGGAGCCAUUGGUACUGAGCUAGAUGGGAAACUGUACCAAGUUAUUGGUCUGGAUCCUGCAGGUCCGAUGUUCUAUCACUCCUAUUCCCAAACCCGCAUAUCGAAGAAAUCAGGUCAAUUCGUCCAAAUAAUUCACACAGAUAGUGGUAUUAUGAGUUUGGGUUAUCACGCUCAGUUGGGCCAUGCUGAUUACUGGGCUAAUGGCGGUGAACAUCAACCUUUAUGUUUGUUAAUUGAUAUCUUUGGAAUGUGUUCUCAUGCAAUGUCGCAAGUAACGUAUAAAAAUACGCUCUUGAAUGGAUCCCAUAACGUCGCCACCAAAUGCGAUUCUUAUACAAAUUACCUUAGUGGUGCUUGUGAUGAUAACGAUAAGUCUAUUGUAGGAGGAUUCCACGUUGAUAGAAACGCAAGUGGAAAUUACUACUUCAAAGGCGAUGGAUACAAAGAUUAUUAA